AUGUCAUCUGCGACACGGACUGUCUCUAGCAGCAGAAUGAGGACGUCGGUGAUGAUGCAAAGUCCAAGCGCAAGUGUCAGAUGGUGAGUCUCUGCGCUUGCUUCCAACGUGUCCAAAUGCUCUUACUAGCACACGUGCAAAGCCGGUCAUCACUCCUAUUUGAUCUGAACGCAUGUUCUUCUCUUUCUCUCUCCUCUCCUGUUCAGUCUGCACCAAAGCUCUGCGCUACGAGCAGGAACAUGGUCCGACACGGUGCGCAACCUGCGUAAGCGCAAGAAUGCACUCUACAGACAACUGGGCAUGGAUAGACCGUACAGUGAGGAUGAGCUGGAGGACAUGCAAAAGCCCGAAGGAGUGGUGCCAUCCGUCUCUACGAAGCUUUUGAAAUCGCAAGCUCGCAAAGCGCGCAAGAGGUAUUACAAGCCCAUCAACUACAUCGACUCGCAAGGCAUCGUUCAGCGCAAAGAGACGCAGCACAAGUACUCUACCGCUCCAUUCAAGAUUUCAAAUCGCAAGCUGAAAAUGUUGGCGGAUCAGAUUGGCAGCGGAAAACCUUUGGAUUUUGCCAUUUUGCAAAUGCAGUUUAGCAAGAAGCGAGCUGCGAAGCGCAUCAAGUCCACCCUCGCGUUGGCCAAGGAUCACGCCAUCGCCAAAGGUCUGGAUGGCAAAAAGUUGGUCGUGGCAGAGGCUUGGGUGAACAAGCACAGGACGCUCAAGAGGUUGGAGAUCAAGGGAAGAGGUAGAUCGGGCGUCAGGAAACACAAGUAUUGCAGGCUUCACAUCAUCCUCAGGGAAGGCUUGCUUCAAUCUCAAAAGGAUGAAAACAAGCUCAAGGAAGUCAGGAGGCAGGCCUACAGCAUCGGAACGGGCGGCGUGUCGCCCACUAAUGCACCCUUGCGAAACCAGUGGAAAUCUCCAGGCUGGCAAUGGUGA